AUGGCAACGUAUCGCAACCUCGCUCUUCUCUCUCUCUUGAGCCUAUGCAGCGCUGCUCCCUCGCAGGUUGAGCGCUCUCCUGAUGCAGUCAUCCAGCCUCGUGCCGUCUGCACUCCCACCGCUGGUGGAAGCUCGUCCAUCGACGAUGUACCGGCCAUCACCAAGGCCAUUUCCUCGUGCGGCAAGGGAGGCACGAUAGUAUUUCCCGCUGGGUCAACCUACUACUUGAACAGUGUGCUGGAUCUUGCUGGGUGUUCAAACUGUGACAUUCAGGUUGAGGGUUUGCUCAAGUUUAGUGGCUCGACCGACUACUGGGGUGGCAAGACCGCUAUGAUCAAUGUCAAUAAGAUCAACGGCUUGAAGCUCCGGUCUUUGACUGGCUCGGGUGUCAUCGAUGGCAAUGGGCAGAAUGCAUACGAUCUUUUUGCCUCGGACAGCAGCUAUAAACGUCCAACUCUGCUCUACAUCACCGGCGGUAGCAACAUCGAAGUGUCCGGCCUCCGCCAGAAGAACCCGCCAAACGUAUUUAACUCGGUCAAAGGGGACGCGAAGAACGUUGUUUUUACGAACCUCCGCAUGGACGCAACCUCCAAGUCCGCCAAUCCCCCGAAAAAUACGGACGGCUUCGACAUCGGUGCCAGCACGUAUGUCACCAUCUCCUCCGUCAACGUAAGCAACGACGACGACUGUGUGGCCUUUAAGCCGGGCUGCAACUACGUGACCGUCGAGGAUGUCACCUGCACCGGAUCGCACGGUAUCUCCGUCGGCUCACUGGGCAAAGGCAGCGACGAUACGGUGCAGAAUAUCUAUGCCCAUGGCAUCACCAUGAUCGAUUCUACCAAGGCAGCCGGUAUCAAGACCUACCCUAGCGGGAACGGCCAUGGCUUGUCAACAGUGAAGAACGUGACUUUCUCCGACUUCACCGUGCAAGGGUGCGAUUACGCCUUCCAGAUCCAGAGCUGCUAUGGUGAAAGCGCCUCGUACUGCACAAGUAACCCGGGCAAUGCCGUGCUGCAGGAUAUCAUCGUGAAGGGGUUCUCGGGAACCACGAGCAGCAAGUAUGAUCCCGUCGUCGCGAACUUGAAUUGCGGCGCCAAGGGCACUUGCGACGUUAGUAUCAGUGAUUUUACGGUCAAGGCUCCAUCUGGAAAGGCAACCGUUCUGUGCGCUCACACGCCUUCAAAUCUGGGUGUGACCUGCACCUCUGGUGCUUCGGGUUAA